UAAAAUCAACUUUAUUCGUACCUUGAUUCAGUUAUACAGAUUAACACGAAAAAAAACGGUUCCCCUGCUUGUGAUCCAGUCAUCCACUUUUCUGUUCACUUGAAACCUGUUGACGCGAUAUUGAACAUUCAUUUGAAUCUUUUCCACUUCUUCUGAUUCCCUCCUCCCAUCAUCUUCCCUCUUUUCAUCUUCAUCUUCUUCUUCUUCUUCUUCUUCUUUUAUUUUUUCUACUCUUGUUUAUCGCUUUUUCAUACGAAUGUUGACUUCGCUCAGUCAGUACCAGUUAACACGAGUAAAAGGUUCACCAUGUUUUGUUACCAGUUAAAUGAAAAGUGAACCCAAAAGUGGUUGAAAUCAAUCGCUUUCCAAACCCAAUUUACCCGUCAAUUUACAUACAAAAAUAUCAUUAAAAAUGUGUUUCCAUCUUUGACAUGACUUAACCAAAAACCAGUGUUAACCCAUGGUUAACUGUCAUCUCAUCUAAUGAUCAACACUCUAAUUGUGUAAAUUGUUAAAUUUCAAGUUAACCCAAAAAACCCGAAAAAAGGAUUUACUUUGUUUUACUGGUUUUGCCAUUGGAUAAAUCACAUGUUAACCGGCAAGUUCAACUCUUUUAUUUUCCCUUGUCCUUUAAAUUAAAACUACAAUUAAAAUUAUCAUUACAGUUACUUGUCAACUUUCACAUAAGCUGAUCCAUUAACAGUGUCCAGUUUCAAGAGUCAACAUUAACAUUGUUAAAUCAUCCUAAUUAUCUUGAUUCAACUCAUCUUGAUUGUCAUCUUUAAAGCUUAAAUAACCAUUCUUUCGCUGCUGCUUCCAAGACCGUAUUACGUGCAUCUUUUUUACAUCUCAAUAGUUUACAUCUCAAUACAAUUAAAACUAAUUUACCGUUUCUCAUCAUUAAAACAAAAGGAGCGGUCAUCGAUCUUACUUUGGACCUAAAAGUAGCCAAUUGUUAAUACAUUUUAAAUACUCUUCUAAUUGCUCAUUUAACUCUUAAAGUCUUUCCUUUUUUUUCUGUUGGCUGUUUUGUUUUUGCUCUUCAAGAAGGAGUAAUAAUCUAAAUUAACCUUCUUCCCUUUUAUACCUAUUAUUAUCAUUAUUAUUCAGUCGCAAUUUGUGCUCAUCUUAAUUGCUGUUAAAUUAGCUAUUUUUUGUUCUUCUCUUACCUUUCACAAUCUCAACAAAUUUGCUUCAUUUACCUUCACUUUCUCUGUUGUUUACAAACUCUUGAAGCCGUUCUCGAUCAACGCCAUUAUCAACAUCAUCUUCAACAGUCAAUUUCAGUGUCAUUACCAAAUUUAGUGAUUGAUCAUUUGGAAAUGAUUAAUUUGUGUUUCCAUUCAAAUCAGCACAAAGAUUCCAUGUUCACCUUUUCUUGGUGUUAACAGUUUGCCAAUUUGUUUCCAAUCAAUUUAACUGGAUUAUUUGUUUUACCCAAACCAGAAUCAGUUGAUCAGUUAAUCAAGUCAACACACAAGUAAUUUACCGGAAAACUUGGAUGUUAACCUCCAAGUUGUCCAAAUAAGAUGAACUUGGUUAAUCUUAAAGAAAAUUGAUUCUGACCUUUCCGUUAAUCGAACCCGUAAAGGUAUUAAAAAAAAGUUAAAGCAAAUAUCAUUUGAUCAUCUUUUCAUCUUUUCAUCACUCCCAUCAUCAUUAAUAUCAUCAUCUUCAUCUAAAAUAUAAUUGUGCGUUUGUUCAACAUUUGCUAAUUUGGUUUUACAUUUAAAGCUGGAAACAAUUAUAAAAAAUAAAUCAUGAAAUCAAGCAAAUCUACUUUAUGGAUAUUGAUUACAACAAUUAUCAUCAUUAACCUUUGUCAGGUUAAUCAAGCAAUCAAACCUGGAUUAAAAGAUAAUAGCACUUUGAGCAAAAAAAUUAUAAAGAGACGUCUUAGUCAAGAUCAAUUGUUUGAAGAUUUAAAUGAUGAUUCUGGUUCAGAUGGAACUUCAUUCUAUUUUCUUCCUGCUAAAACAAUUAGAGGAAACACUCGGUAUGGUUACAUGCAAGAUUCAGUUGAUUCAAAUGGAGGUGACAUUUCCUAUUUAGAAUCUGAUGAGGAAAUUAAAUCUUCCUCGGCUCCUCGAUCAGGAUCCAUUUUACCCAAUGGAAGGCCAGGUCGAAUGAGAGUCCGUCGAGUUGAACAGUCACCCUCCUUGUUGCCAUCUGCUGAUCAUCUCAUUGAAUCAAAUUCUGAAUAUAAAUUUGACGAUUUUAUUGUGCCAAACAGUUCAUCAUCAGCCAAAAGGAAUUACAAUUCAUCUUCAGCUUCCCUAUUAGCAUCGCCAUCAUCAGCUUCAUCAGCUUCAUCCGCAUCUCCCUACGAAGCUAAUCAUGGAUCAAGAUCCACUUCAUUUGGUAGUCGACGUCGAAUCAAGAUUAAAGAGAUUCAAUCGGAUCCCAACAUGGAACCAAGAAGUGAUCCAAUAUCACACUUUAUGGAGGUUGACAUGAAAGAGAAUGAAGAAGGUAAAGAAUUGCUUGACCCUGGGUCAAGUGAAAUUCGUGAUACAAUUGAACCUCGAAGUCCACAUUUUAAGCAAAAUUUUCGCAACUCGGACUCACUAGACUCAGUCAAUUCCUUUUCAAGGUUUAAAAGCAAUUCAGAGGAUUUUGAAGGUACUUUACCUCGACCUCAGUCAAGUUUAUUAUCGGGUUCAGACGGUAAUACCAAUAAUGGACAGUCUAACCCUCAAUAUCGACCCAACUAUGAACACUACGAGUCUCGAGGAGGUUCACCAUCAAGAAACAGGGAAACUCUUGGAUUGGAAAGUGGGUUCACUCGUAUUGUUCCAGGUUCAUCAUCAGGUCUAUCCUCGUCAUCCUCUUCUUCUUCCCGUCAACUUCAUCCUUCCCUAAUCCGAUCCACUGAAAACUCUGAUUCUGUUCGUGGUAAUCGAGCUCGCUAUUUUAGACCUCAAACUGUUGGUGAUUACCGUCAAUCAAACCAUGCCUACAUCAAUGCUGCUCGACCUCCGACCAUUUUAAUUCCCAACCAAGAUAUUCGUCAGCAACUUCCACGUCCAUACUUUGUAACCACAUUGCCACCUACUUUAACUUCAUCUCUACCUUACACAACCUAUUCGGAUCUUUCAAUGGUCGGCCUGUCCCACUAUCAGUCGGGUAACUCUGAGUUUGAAUCUCGACCUCAGUCUCAUAGAAACUCUCAAACUGGUCGUAGACCAUCAUCUCACUAUCGAACCAUGAUUGCUGAUCAUUUGGUUGAUGAAGAUGAACCAGUUGGUUACAAUGGAAGAGGCUUAACAACGGCCUCACCUUUACCCAGUCAACCCACAAGUAGACCUACAAGGGGAACAACAAGUACAACAAGCACAACACGAGCAUCAACCGAACUAACCAGAACCAGGCCAAUCUCGAGAGAUUAUCAUUACAAUUAUGAUGGUGACAGACAGAGGCAACCUAAUUACGAUUAUCCUGAUCAACCAACAACCCGAUUAAACAAUCCAAACCCAAGAUUGAAUAAUCGCCACUCAAAUGAUCGAUCUCAUCGUAAUCAAUUUUACUCUCAAGCAACUGCAACCACAACUUCAACAACCACAACCACGACAACGCCCAGACCAAGUCACCGCUACCAACACAACAAUAAUGACGAUAAUAAUUUCGAUCGGACAAAUGACCGCGGUCAACCUCAAAAUUACAGAAAUGAUUAUGAUUCACCUGGACAGACUGGCACAGUUGCACCAACCAGCGAGUCUGACCAACCAAACCAAUCGGACCCUGGAACACGACCUUUCCGCAUUAGACCUGCUGGUCGACCGGGAGGAGGUCGACGUCGACGUAAACGACCUCGAAAUCCAUUGGGUUCCAACCAGGCUGCAGGACCAGCAAAUAGACCUUCAACAACCACAACCACAACAACGACAACAACAACUGCACCACCACCAGCUCCAUACUAUUAUGAUGAUUAUGACGAUAAUGAUGAUUACGAGUAUGACUAUCCGACAACAACCACAACCACCCAUCGUCCUCGAAGGAAGGGACGACGAGGUCAAGGAGGUCGAAGACAGCGAACAAGUACAACUCCGUCAACCACUACGACCACAACUCCAGCCCCAACCACGAAAACCUUAUCACCAAAUUAUAAGCCUCGACCUGACAACAGGAUAAUUGAUUACAUGGUUGAUCCCAAUUUCCCUCAUGAAUUGAAAGGAGCCGAUCUAACUGAUUAUCCAUUUUAUAUUUCACUGCCAACUGAGAUUCAUUUCAAUUGUGAAGGUCGACAUGAUGGUUAUUAUGCUUCCAUUGAACACAAGUGUCAGGUUUAUCAUCAUUGUGCUUUGGGUCAUCGAUAUGACUUUUUGUGUCCAAAUUAUACUCUGUUUGACCAGACAACCUUUACUUGUCGGUUUGUCAAUACAGUUGAUUGUCUUAAAUCGGAAAAUCAUUUCAAUCGAAAUGAUGAUUUAUAUGCUGUAACAACUGAUAAACCUGAAGAUGGAGGUAAAUCGUCCAAAAAUGAAAAGGAAAGGUCUAAAAGAGAUGAUAAAGAGGCUAUCAAGACAGAGGCCAGUUUAAUUAAUAAGCAAACAUCAAGUGAUUUAAACAACAAUUUUAAUAACAGCAGUAAUAGUGAUAGUUUUAAGAAGGAAAUUAUCGCUAAACUGGAAUUAAAUGGUGAGAAAAGUAAUAAUAGUGACAAUUUGAACAAUAAGACAAAAGUGAGAAAUAAAGAGACAAAUAAGGAUGAAUCUUACAAAACUUGAUUCCAUUACUGGUAAUAAGGUAAUCAUUUGGAUCGUUUAAAUUAGGAAACAAUUAUUAUUGAUCAAAUUGGAUUGAAAUGUUAAUGAUUUUUCAUUGUUACUAUCGAUCACUGUUAAGUUGAAUGUCAUAGGUUGGUAAAAUUUAAAAUUAUCAAUUGCUUGAUUGGAGGAAAUUAAUUAAUUUGAAUAAAUUAUGUCAAUUUAUG